UCACUGGGCUAUUUAAAUGCCAUGGACAGAGUUGUACAGCAGAACUGUCAAAUGUUUGGUCCACCGGAGGCUACAGCACCGUGAUGGACCUUUUUGAGACCAAUUUCCUCAACGAAUUAAAUUGCCUGGAAAACGGAUCCCUGCAAAAUUUUGAAAUUAGAGGGGUGUCGCCCUUGUUCCGGGAGAGUGACAGCUCCUUAUCGGCCGGUCAGGGACAGCCACUGUUAGAAACUGGAUGCGACAGCGGCGGUGAGGAACUGAUGGCAUCCCGUCUGGGUCUGCAGCCGCACUGCGCUGGCCACUGUGUAAUCUGGGCUUGCGCGACUUGCAAGCCAAAGUCAGCGCCGACGGACAGGAGGAAAGCCGCCACACUACGGGAGAGGAGGCGGCUUAAAAAGAUCAACGAAGCCUUCGAGGUGCUGAAGAAAAAGGCGGUGCCCGACCCGAGCCAGCGGCUGCCCAAAGUGGAGAUCCUGCGCAGCGCCAUCCUGUACAUCGAGAAGUUACAGGACUUGCUGCAAGCGCUGGACGAGCAGGAAAGAAAGACGGGCGAAAGAUCCGCGCGUUUACAGAUGGAAGGAUCGCGACGGGUGGCUUCGCUUAGGAGAGCAAACAUCAUCAGAGACCACAGACACCAGUCGGUUAUAUAAUCACGGUUAUUUGGAAUCAAACCCUCAGGGAUCACCUGCAUUUAAAAUACAAGCAGAAUUAAUUGGCUAUAAAUGCAUAAACUAAGGUUAAAUAUCAAGAUAUUAAGAUAUCAAUGGCUGAUAAUAGUUUUCUCAAAGUUUAACUUGUAGUGAAAACCAUUACAGAAUGGCCUGUACUAAUUAAUUUAUAUAAUACUCCAGUAAGAAGUGCCAAAUCCUAGGUUGGUACAGAGAUGGGUUAUUGGCAUGUCUGGGUGUUACUAAUGUAAAUUAGUGUAAGCAAUCUGAAAAUGACCAGAGAGUAAAGCUGGCGAUGAAAGCUGCCGGAGUUCCUACGGGGCAUGGUGAAGACUCUCUGUUUCAAUCCACAGCGAAGAACGCAGAGAAACAUGACUCUCAGUCUUGAACAAUCCAUUUUGUACAUUUUCAUAAAUUAUGAGAUAUAGUUUAACAGUUUUUAACGAUUGUCGUUGCUAUUAACUCCAGUUUAUUUACAUUAGUGCUGUUAUGAAUCAGUAACCUACGUUACUGCUGCAAAUUUGUAUUUAGAAAAAAAAGAUGGAAAAAAAUUGUAAAAAAUUGUGCACCUUGUGGCAAGUCCAUUGUAAGCAAUUGCAAUUAUUUCGUUAAUAUUAAUGUUUUCUCUUUCAUAUUCUGUGUUCUUUAAUAAAUCUGGUAAUGUUUCGAUGUACCAUGUUCAAUACCAGCUAUCAUCUCUGCCAUCCAUACUUUCGAACUGAGAUUUACCACAGAUAAAAUCCAACUACAUAUCAUUGGUAUGAGUUUAAAUAACAUAAAAAAGCAAUGAGUCUAGCCAGAAACUAUUCUUUGACCGUGUAGCAAUAAUCAGCUCACUGUCUACAACAAUU